AUGCGCGAAGUGCCGCACGAAUCGCUCCCUGCCUGGCUGCAGGAGAGCGGUGUGCUGCGUGCGGACCUCGGGGGCGAUGCGCGGGAGUACGCGACACAGAUCGCCGCACGCCGGCUCGUGCGAGAAUACAUCGAGCCGGUGGCAAAGGCGACCGCCGUCGACCAAGUCCAAGACGCGGUGCAGAUGCUGUGCACCAUGCUGGUGGCAGCACCACGCGCACUCGAUACGCUCCCGGCACCGGCCGAGGACGCGCGGCACACGACGCUCGACCUGUACCUCGUGCCGCGCGUCCUUGGCGCGCUCGCGGCGCUCAGCGCACACGCUGCCGCCGCCUCGUCUUUGCACACGGCUGCGCAGCAGUACCCAGAAUGGCUCGCAGAAGCGACCAGCAAGGCGGUCGCCGCGACAAUGCAGCUCCUCGGCACCGCACUGCACCUCGGCCUGGAAUCGGCUCACCAGCCGGGGCAUGUGCGCUACCUGCUCUUUGACGCAGUACGGUGCGCGUCCCAGGCCCUUGCACAUGCGCACGAACUCGCACUGGGCGACUUGGCACCUGCACUCUCCCCGGCGCUCCUCCAAAGCUCCAGCGAGCUGGGGUCGUGCACAGCGCCCGAGGCGUACGCACCAGGGCCUGCCGUCGCCCCGUGCGCCGUACCUAUGGGUGCAGAGCCGUACGUAUGGAGCGAUGACGACGCCGCACCGCUCGUCCUACCCCUGUCGACGCUGCCGGCAGGCGCCCCCUCGUGCCUCUUGUUUCUGUGUGUGCGCGUCGCUGCGGAACUCGCAGCAGUGUUCCCUUCGGCGCUGCACGACCUCGUCGAACUGGGUGCACGCGUGCUCAUCGCGCAGUGGGAGUCGGAGCUCAGGCCCGGCACAGGCGCACACGGCGUCUCUCAUAUUGCCGCGCCGUACCUCGCACUGCUGCGCUACGACGCGUGGAUUGCCGCAUUGCCGGUGCUGCCGUCGUCGGUGUGCUUUUUGCACGCGCUCCGCCUGUCGACGACCUCCUUCUCGCUCUUGUUCCACCCGGUCGACGAUCCCUACUUUCACACUGAGCCGGGCGCAGGGCCGUACGCGGCGACAUACACACAAAGCUGCGAGCGCCUGAGCGAUACGCUUCGCACGCUCUACCGCCUCCUCGACAGCGAGCACACCGAGGCGGUGAGCAUCGUGUCGGACCUGCGCCUCUUGCGCGGCCGACUCGUGACCCAUAUCCUCUCGGGCGACGCAAGCGACGAGCCCCCGGAGCUGCGCAACGCAUUCCGGCGCUGCUGCCUCGCAUUGCUGUGCAUUGUGCUCACCGUCGAGCGCCUACCGCCGGACGAAGCACAGGCGCUGCACGCAUUUGCCCCGCCGUGGGCCUCGAGCGAGGAAUGCGAGGCACUGCACCACGCUCUGCAGCGCGGGACAAAGCGGGGGAGCGGCGAGGCUCUGGAAGAUGCGCCGCGCCGCGCCGCGCCGUCCAAGGACUGGGCGGACAAGGCCCAGACGGGCUGCCCGCUGGGUGCCCACUGCGCUUCCUGCGCCGAGCUUCAGCCGGGCGAGGCGUGUACCGGCGAGGCACUCACGACAGCACUCCGGCCGACGUCCGACGCAGGCACACUCGGCAUGCUAGCACGCCUCGCUGUACACGCGCCUACAUCGACAAUUGCCGCGCUCGACAUGGACGCCCUCGCACGUAUUAUCACGCCGAACCUCUCGCACACCGACCGUGCCGUGCGCCUCGCGGCCGGGCGCCUGCUGAGUAUUGUCGUCGAGCAGUACGCACAACUGCCACGCGACGCACGCCCCGACCCCUGGGCAGAAGUCCUAGUACGCCUCGUGCGUAUUCCGGCCCCGCUUCUUACCUCGGGAGACGCACGCAUUCAAGAGUCGUGUAUUUUGACCAUGGCGCGCCUCGGCCGCGUGCGCCGCGACGAGACCUUUACCGAGGUUGCCGCCGCCCUCGUGCGGUCCCUCUAUCUUCCCCAUGUCUACCUGCGUGCGCUCGCCUAUACCGAGACGAUGCAGCUCGCGGCGCGCCGGCGAUGCACCACAUUUCAGCUCUUGAGCCAGCACCUGGACGUGAUUAGCCCCAUUGCUGUCGAUGCGAUGCACUCUGCGCCGCACGGACUCGUCGAGCUCGCGCGCCUGCUCAACAUGAGCCAGCAGACGUUUCUGCACACGACGCUCGAGCACACGCUUCCCCAUCUCGUGCACCAAAUGGUGAGUGGGCGCCGCGACGAGGCGUCCCAGGCGCUGCGGGCGAUCGCCAGCGCCGUUGGCCAGUCGGUCCCGGCACUGUGUCUCAACCAGACCUCGGACAUUUUUGAGCACUUUUUCCUGCAGCCCGACGAGGUGCGCGACGCAGCGCUCGAGGCGCUGCUCUCGUUGCUUGGCACGCGCGCAGUGACGAUUGCGAGCUUGCUGCGCAGCCGGCUCCACGAAGUCCUGGGCUAUCUUGUUGCGCGCCUCGGCGAUCCGCAAAUGAAGCCGCAGGCGCUUGCGGGCCUCGAAUAUGUUCGCCAGGUCGUCACGGCGCCGCCAAGCCGCUGGAAGGAUACGGAUCUCCAGGGCUUUUUGCGCGACGAGGUCCUUGCGAUUCUUACUUGGAUCAACGAGGAACUCUCGGCGGUGCACGGCAAAAUCGCCAUGGCGCGCAAGGCGAUUACCGCUCGCAGCGUCGGAGAGCUUGUCCAGCUGAUCGGCGCGGUGGCGGCGCGUGUCGCACCGCAGAUCCUUGCGUGUCUCAAUAGCACGCUCGCCGAGCCGGAGCUGGCGCUCGCGACGCUCGAGAGCUGGCGCGACUUUGUGCAAGUCCUACGCUACCAGGACGUGGGGCCUUUUGUCGGGCAGACGGCUGCUGCGCUCCUGGCCGUCUGGCCGCGCCUCGGACGUGCAGAGAAAAAGGUGGCGGAUGCCAUUUUGCGGUACACCAUCGUGAUGCACGGCACCGAGCUCGAGUCAUACAUCGACCACGUCCCGAGCCUCGAUGCAAUCGAGGACGAUAUCCCCGACAUUGCGAGGCAGCUGCGCUCGGCGCGACGCGUGUGGAUCGACGAGGACCACUUUCGGCACAUUCUCGCGCGUGUCGCGCACGACAAUGCGGCCGUGUGCGUGCAGAGUCUGCGCGAGCUACAUACAUUCCUGCGCGAGCGCCGCACAGUCGUCGAGGCGUGGACGUCGGGCAAUGUCUUUCACGAACUCAUUGGCGAGUGCGUGCGUGUGCUCCUUGCGGUCGCCGGGCGUGCCGAGCUGCCGGACGCGGCUGUGCAGGCCAUGUGUCUCGAGUGCCUCGGCAUCCUCGGCGCAGUCGAUCCUGACCGUCUCGAGAUGCCACUCGAAGAGCCGUUCUUUGUGCUGUUGAGCAACUUUGAGAACAGCGACGAGACUGUGGCAUUUGCGACACGCCUGCUCACCGACCUGAUCGUGCCGGCAUUCCGCGCGACGUCGGAUACCAAGCACCAGGCCGCGCUGGCCUACGCUAUUCAAGAGCUGCUCAAGGUGUGUGGCUUCACCCCGACGCUCCUCGACGCAGGCGCACGCAGCGUCCCAGAAAAGGUGCGCCGCCGCUGGGAGGCCAUCCCCGAAGCGAUGCUGCCGACGCUCAUGCCGCUGCUCAACUCGAAAUACGUCGUACAGCUUACUGAGCAGCGGAGACGCCCCUCGCCGGUAUACCGCCACUCGUCGUCGUUCCGCGACUGGAUCCAGGUAUGGGUGCUGCAGCUCAUGCUCAAUGUGAGCGAUCCCACGGUCGCAUCCUUCUUUGCCAUCUUUCGGUCGGUCGUACGUGACCAUGACGUGACGAUCGCACGUUACCUGCUUCCCCACCUCGCCCUGCACACGCUCAUUUCUGGCACGGCCGAGGCGCGGGGUGCGGUGCUAGACGAGAUCCACUGCGUGCUCACGGACCAGGUCGCGCCGGCCGCUGGGUACUCUGCCGAGCGCCGCCGGCUCACGACACAGACCGUCUUUCACCUGAUGGACCACAUCGGCCACUGGAUGCGUCGCGUGCGGCUCGUGCAUGCCAAGAGCAGCAAGCGCAGCCGCCUCAAGGAAGCGCUGGGCGACGUGCAAAGCGUCAUGGAUAACAUCUCGCAGGAGCUCACGGCACAGGCGUCGCUACAGUGCCACGCCUACCCCCGCUCGCUCCUCAACUUCGAGUAUAGGAUCCGCUCGCUGCGCGCGACGGCGCCUCAGAGCGAUACACAGCUCCAAGAGCUGUACGAGACGAUGCACGAGAUCUAUGCACAGCUCGACGAUCCAGAUGGCAUGGAAGGUAUCUCGACCAAGGUGUUUGCGCCUUCGCUCGAGCACCAGAUCCGCGAGCACGAAAGUACCGGCCGCUGGACCGACGCACAGAGCUGCUGGGAGGUCGAGCUCCAGCAGCGCCCGAACGAUGCGCACCUGCACCUCGGCCUGUUGCGCUGCCUGCGCUCGCUUGGCCACUACGACACACUCCGUACGCACAUCCGCGGCGUGCUCAGCGUGCAUCCGGAUUGGCAGCCGCAGUUUGCCUCGUUCCAGAUCGAAGGCGCCUGCAUUCUUGCUGACUGGGACGCCGUCAAGAGCCUCGCGGCCAACUCGCACAGUGUGCCCGAGCUUGCCAUGGCCCGUGCACUGCUGGCGAUGCGCGAGAACGACAAAAGCCAGUUUGGGCUCGCCGUGCACGACGCGCGCAUGCAACUCGGCCACCCUCUCGUGGGUGCCGGUCGCGUGCCGUACACACAUGCGUACGAUGCCAUGACGCAGCUGCAUAUGCUACAUGAGCUCGAGAUGGUAUUCCACGCUGGCGACGAGCGUGCAGUGCUCGACAAGUCGCUUGGUGCGCGUUUCCGUGCGACACUUCCUUCGUUCCGUACGCGCGAGCCGGUGCUAAGCGUGCGGCGGUCGGCCUUUCUUGCAUGUGCGGCGCAGUCGCCGCCAAAGCCCGAGAUCGGGCAGGCCUGGAUUCUCACGGCCAAGACGGCGCGGCGUGCGGGCCAUGCUCAGACGGCGUACAGCGCGGUGCUUCAAGCGCUGCAGAGUGGUGCGCCGUACGCGUUUGUGCAAAAAGCCAAGCUUCUUGCGCACAACGACCAAGUGCAAGCUGCUCUGCAAGAGCUCGCGCACGCGCUGCAGACUCGCGAUGCCGCCGUCGGUGCGGGCGGGACCGAGGCGAGCGCGGCCGACCGUCGUGCGCUGGCGCGAGCGCACCUGUUGCAUGCGCGCCUGGUCGAGGACACGGCGCGUUUCCAGCACAAUGAGAUUAUCCAGCAUUACAAGACGUGCACUGCGCUGGACCCCGACUCGGAAAAAGUGUGGUACUACCUGGGCCACUUUUACGACUCGCCGAGCGGCGGCACGGUCGGCAACCAAAUGCUGCUGCAGCUGAAUGUAUGCCGCUUCUAUAUGAAGUCUGCGCAAAACGGCACCAAGUUUCUGUACCGCACGCUCCCCCGCAUGCUUACGAUUUGGCUCGAUGCUGGUAAUGAGCUUGCAGAGAGCGAUGCGCCGCCAGAAGAGGCGCGGCAGACGCAGAUCCAGUUUGACAAGAUCAACGAGAUGAUGCGCAAGUCGGUGCGCCACCUGGCGCGCUACCAGUGGUUUGCAGUAUUCCCCCAGCUGGUGGCGCGUAUUGUGCACAAGAAUGAGGCCGUGUGGCAGGUUGUGCUCGAGAUCAUUGUCGCCGUGCUCCUCUCCUACCCUCAGCAGAGCAUGUGGGCACUGAUCGCUGGCUCGCACUCCAAGGACCGCAAGCGCAAGCAACGGUACGGCCAGAUUGUCGAGCGCAUCAAGUCGGUGCCUGAGCGUGCGUACCGCGACGUGGCUUUGAUUGUCGAGGCGUUCGAGCAGCUCUCUGCGGAGCUUUUGCACCUCUGCGAGUUCCACGUCGGAAAAGAGUCGACGUUGAGUUUAAACAAGCACUUCCCAGCGCUCGUUUCGGCCGUGCAGAGUACGCCGAUCGUGCUUCCGCUACAGUCGUCCGUGACGGUGACGCUCCCCCCCAACAAUGCCGUGGACCAGGCGCACCGUCCAUUCCCCAGCGAUGCGCCUACCAUUGAAAACUUUGAUGAUACCAUUGAGAUUAUGCACUCGCUGCAAAAGCCACGCAAGAUUGUAGUGCACGCGAGCAACGGCACACGAUACCCCUUUUUGUGCAAGCCCCGCGACGAUCUACGUAAGGACGCGCGUCUGAUGGAGUUUGAUGCCAUGAUCAAUAAGCUCCUCCAAGCAAGCUCCGAGUCGCGUCGCCGCCGGCUCUAUAUCCGGACGUACGCGGUGCUGAUCCUCAACGAAGAGUGUGGUCUUAUUGAAUGGGUGCCCAACACGGUUGCCUAUCGCCAAAUCCUCUCGAAGCACUACGCCGCGCUCGACAUUCCAUUGUACACAAGCGACCUCAAAACUAUCAUGGACGAGGCACGCACAAACCCCAAAAAUGCCGGCACGAUCUUUGAGACAAAGAUCCUGUCUAGAUACCCCCCAGUCUUUCACGCCUGGUUCCUCGAGACGUUCCCCGAGCCCGGCGCAUGGCUGCGUGCGCGCUCCGCGUAUGCGCGCACGGCCGCGGUCAUGUCCAUGGUCGGCUUUGUUCUUGGCCUUGGCGACCGCCACGGUGACAAUAUUCUCUUUGACGCCGGGUCGGGCGACACGGUGCACGUCGACCUCAACUGUCUCUUUGAGAAAGGCACGACGUUCGAGAUCCCCGAGCGCGUGCCUUUCCGGCUGACACAAAACAUGGUCGACGCGCUCGGCGUGACGGGCGUCGAAGGUGCAUUCCGUCGCACUGCAGAGAUAACUAUGGGCAUCCUACGUGACAACAAAGAGUCGCUAAUGAGCGUGCUCCAGGCCAUGGUCCACGAUCCGCUGGGUGAGUGGGUCGCGACCGAUCGCCGCGCGCGGAAGGCCGCCGACAAGCCGGGCGCUUCUGCCGGAGCACGCAAGGCCCUGCAGUCCGUCUCGGACAAGCUCGAUGGAAAGUUGCACCGCCCGGGCAUCUCGGACGAGGUGCGGCACUCGACCAAGAACCUCGUCCACAUGCUCAUCUGCGAUGCAACCUCCACACAGCACCUGGGCCAGAUGUACAUAGGCUGGGCGCCGUACCUGUAG